AAAACAUAAUUAGUACGUCUUUUUGUUGAAGAUAUUAUUUAAGUGUAUAAUAAUUAUUAAUUUAAGUGAAAAUAUUAGUUUUUGUAACUAUUGGUGAGUGAUGAUGACCCGUAUUCAAAAUGAGAAGUCCGCCUGAGGUGACCUGCAUAAUCUGCCAACGAGUGUUCUGCUGCGCCGACUGCCGGCGCCGCCACGAGCGAACCGCCCACGAUCUCCCCUACGACUGUCCCAUCUGCCGCGAGCUCCCCUUCCUCUGCGAGCCGGUCCAGCUUUGCCCGGCUUUCCUCUUUCACUUGCAGGAGCACCUGCCUCUGCGUUGCUCGAAGUGUGAGAAGGUGUUUUCGACCAUGGAUGAGCUGGCGGAUAUUGAUAAAUGCACGAGCCUUUCGGAACUGGUUGAUCACAGCAAAUCGAGUUUAAGAGUAGCUGAUGAGCGCUUUGAUUCACUUUACGAGAAGAUCAUAGAAGAUAAGAAUGAGGAAGCGGAGAAGAAUCAUAAGACAGCUGUUAUUACUCCUAUAGUCAGGAGGAAGUAUUUAGUUGAUUAUGAACCCAGCGACACGGAGCCGGAGGACGGAGAUGCCAGUCCCAAGGUCUCAUUCACCGGGACGGCAGCGCCCAAGACGCCUCGACUCAAGCGCAGCGCCACUCCCCACGUGAAGAAACUGUUGCUGGCGCGGCAGCAAGCCUUAGAUGAGGAAGGCCGUGGCUCACCAGACUUGGACACGGGGGCAGUGGAAGCAGAAAUAACAACCCCGAACUCCCGCCCGCAGUCCCUCGCAGCCGCCGCCCUGGCCGUUACCACGAGCACUCCCACGCACUCCGUGCCUGGCGGGUGGGCCAUGUUCUCCACGCAGACUGAAUCCCCGCUGUCGGAGAUCGAGCAGGCUGACAGCCCACAGCCUGAUAACAGGACUGAAGAAGCAACAGAACAGACGGGACCCGAGCCAACAGAAGCAACCGAAGAUAAUACCGAACGAACGGAACUGUCCGACAGUAAACCUAAACUCAAGAGUAUUAUAUCGAGUCGACGUGUCGGUAGUGCGGAAAGUGCGGAGCAAGAUACUAGGACUAAACGAGUCAAGUUUGCAGAUGAUACUGUCUUCCAACCUGAACCACGGCUAAAGAGAGUAUUCCGCAAGCCAAAACGCAUGCUGACCCCCGGCCCAACAAAAGCCCGCUUCAACGUCAACCCCCGCUUCCAAGCUCUCAUCAACCGUUUCGAGCAGAACGUCUUCAGCCCCCACACUCAAACCCCCAACACUACAGAUCAAACCCCCAAUAUCACGGAUCGAACCCCCAACACCACUCGAACCCCGGAUACCAUGGCGCGUACACCGAUCUGCAACCGCCAGGAGACUGAUAACGUGCCGAGGGCUAUUGACUUUAAAGAUAGUCCUCUUGAAUUGAAGAAUAGUGUAACUGAGGAUAAUAGAGACGCAUCUUUCAAGUCUUGUGUGGCGACGCCUGGUGGGAUUGAUACGGCUAUUACUGCGCUUUCUACUAACAUUGCAGGGUCUCUUCAAACUUGCAUCUCAAACGUUUUGAAGCAUACCGAGGAAGAAACAGAGAUCCAAUUUAAGUUCACCAUCACAAAGAAGAAGACUGUGCAACGAGCAGCAGAAGUAGGAGAAGGAUCAAUAAAAGACCAGGAAAAGGAGAAUCUUUGGGCCACUGUGGCUAAAGCUGUGAAGAACGCCUUUUGGGGGGAAGGCGGGGAGUUUGAAACCCCGCACAAGUCCAUCUCACCCCGCAGCUCGUCUUCCUCUAAGAGGAAGCAGCCGGACCGCUCGCGCUCCCCCAGCCCGCUCAGCCACAAAAGAGGAAAAUACGAACCGCGGCUGCGAGGCCGCCCGCCGCUUCGGCAGGGCUUGCCCUUAACUGCUAGGUUGGCAAGAGAUGACGUCACUAGUCACAGCUUCUGAUGAUCCUUUGAAGAGUCUACUAAGUCACAGUAUAAUAAAGAGAUCGCACAGUAUGGCCAUUGGCCACUUCCGCUUCCUGCUGAAAGUGCCGAGCAUCCCCUCUUGGUUACCUCACAGUUACCACCUGUCAAAAACGCGGUCGACUUGUCAUAUUUCACUCAUACAAGCAUAGUACGCGUUCACCUACACGAGCUUAGAAUGUGUGCUAGGAACGCGCCUCUUUCAUAUAUUUGUUCGCCAGUGUCCGAGGUGUGACUAAGUUAAAAGAUGGAUCACA